AUGGAGGAAGACUACGGGGACGAGCGGAGACUUCUAAGCACGUGGGCCGUUGAGUGCAUAGAAGCAGAGUCAGUUGAAGAUAUCAUUGAUCCAUAUCUGAUGGGGAAGAUUUCGCCUCUUUGUUUGAACGUGUUUGUGGAAAUUGCUAAGAAAUGCGUCCUCAAGAGCGGAACUGAACGACCUCCAAUGAAUGAUGUUGUGCGAAACCUCGAGCUUGCUCUGCAACUGCAGGAAACGGCUGAUGCUGUUGUUGGAAAUAGUGGCCUAGUUACACAUACAACACUAUACUAUUUGGAAGAGAAUAGAAAUGGAGGAAAAUAUUUCUUAUUUCACUUUAUAUAUUAUUUGACUAGAGUACAUGAAUAUAUAGGCCUCACAUAUGUAUGUGUAACCAUUACAUUUAAAUGUCCAUAA